UGUCUACCACUGGAACCUAAUUUAUGACCAUGACUUCAUUCGGCAACUUUGAAAUUACCCUCCUAGAGGAAGGGUUCUGUGCAAAGGACAUUGUUGAGCAGAAGAUCACCUCAUCAAUUAACAAGGAUGCUUUCUAUGUGGCAGACCUGGGGGAUAUCUUUAAGAAGCACCUUAGAUGGGUGCAUGCCUUGCCUCGUGUCAAGCCUUUCUAUGCUGUGAAAUGCAACGAUAGCGGGGCUAUUGUACAGACACUGGCAACACUGGGAGCAGGCUUUGACUGCGCAAGCCAGACCGAGAUCCAGCUUGUGCAGUCUCUGGGAGUGGAGCCCAGUAGGAUCAUUUACGCCAACCCCUGCAAGCAAGCGUCGCAGAUCAAGUAUGCUUCUGCACAUGGAGUGCAAAUGAUGACCUUUGAUAGUGAAGUGGAACUAACGAAGGUCGCUUGUAACCAUGACAAUGCCAAACUAGUGCUGCGUAUAGCUACAGAUGACUCUAAGUCAGUGUGCAGAAUGAGUGUGAAGUUUGGAGCCACGCUGAAAAGCAGCAGGCUGCUUCUGGAGCAGGCAAAGGAGCUGGGCCUGGACAUCAUUGGAGUCAGCUUUCAUGUAGGCAGCAGCUGCACUGACCCAGCAACAUACACCCAAGCCAUUGCAGAUGCACGAUACGUGUUUGACAUGGGGGCUGAGUUGGGCUACAAUAUGACCCUGUUGGAUAUAGGCGGUGGCUUCCCUGGCUCUGAUGAUUUCAAGCUGAAGUUUGAAGAGAUUACUGCUGUGAUCAACCCUGCACUGGAUAAGUACUUUCCUGCAGACUGUGGUGUGAGGAUAAUUGCUGAGCCUGGCCGAUUCUAUGCAGCUUCUGCAUAUACGCUAGCUGUCAAUAUUAUUGCUAAAAAAGUCAACAUGAAGGAGCAGUCUGGCUCUGAUACAAAUGAAGAUGAUGGGACCAGUGACAGAAUUCUAAUGUACUAUGUCAACGAUAGCAUCUUUGGAUCUUUUCAAGACACAAUUUUUGGUUAUGAAUAUCCAAUACCCAUUGUGCACAAGAAACCCAAGCCUGAUGAGCGCAUGUACCCCAGUAGUGUUUGGGGUCAUACCUGUAAUGGCGUGGACCGCAUUGUGGAGCUGUGUACCCUGCCUGACCGGCAGGUGGGAGACUGGCUGCUGUUCGAAAACAUGGGUGCUUACACUGUGGCUGUCUCGUCCACCUUUAACGGCUUCCAAAAACCAGAUAUCCAUUACGUCAUGUCCAGAUCAGCUUGGCAAUAUAUGCAACAGAUCCACACCCAGGAAAUGCCAGCUCUGGUGGAGAAGCAGAGCCCUGGAAACAUGCCAAGCCACUGAAAAUGUGGAAGCACCCUGGAACUUCCUGCUUAGUCUUGCUUAGUCCAGGUGCUUUAAAGCGUCAUGAAACACUAAACUACAUUUUCUGAGAUUUUAACAGAGGUGUUCUUAUCGAAAAUCAUAAAAGACACUCUUAGCAUCCGUAAAUUUUACUUGUAGGAGAAAACAUUUCAUUUUUAACAUUUUUUCCACUGUUUUUGUCUUCCGGGUUUAAAAUCUCGUCCUAUCUCACGUUACAGGCAGUGAUGUGGCAAGGUACUAUAAUACUUCAAUGAUGCAUCAGUGUCUCAUAAUUAUUCAUGAGCCUGCGUGUUUGUAUCCUAUGAGAAGUUGCGGUCUCUUAAUUAUUCAUGACAGCACGUGGUGCUUUCCUACAGAUAUAAGUCAAAAUAGAUGUGGUGCAAAAAAAGGGUGCAUUGCAUUCAUUUGUAAAUUAAAUGGACUCUAAUUGAGGCCUCUAAUAAGAAAAAAUUGUCUGCGCCAAAUGUUACAGAGUACUGUCUACUGUUCUGUAUUUACAGUUCUUAGUGCAUGUGCUCAGAUUAUUGCACAAAUUGACACUUUUUUUUGGCAUAUCCUUGUUUUGUUUACAUGCAUUUACUUAACCAGGGAAUACGGGAGAGCAUGGUUGUGUUUAGAUUAUGUGUUUAAUGGUGGUCUAUUGCUGUUUUAAAGCCACUCUCCUAAACAUCCAGUGAAUUAUACCUUUGAUGAAAUGCAGUUUAAAUACAUAUUUAACCACUACUAGGCUUGGGAUGACUGACAAUAAUAUGGGGAAUUGCUGAUGGUGACAAUCUAUGGGAUUUAAAUGUCAUUUGUAUAACAUGGUGUCUACAGCUAUAAGGUCGACAAAAAUAAAUGUGCUGCAUCUCAUAUGUUUUUCUUUUUAAUCCAUUUUGUUGUUCUAUUUUGUCUAUUUUGACUUUAGAGCAGAGGAACUAAAUAUCUUUCUCUGAUGCAUCUAUACUAGCAACUAGCAGCUACAGCUGACUUGUACUAGCUUGUUCUGGUAUUUAUUUCCCCACUGUAAUGACAUAAAAGAGUUUUAUCACACUGCCCUUAACCUCUGGGCCCAGUUGUUCAGAAGUAAUGUGAUCAGAUUUCGGAUUGGAUCUAAUCUUGAAAAGUUUUUGUUCAAAAGAAGGAAAUAAAGGGAUUCGGAAAUCAGAUUAGAUCUUGCUUUUGAUCUGGAUCAAACCUUAAGUAGGUGUUGUUCAAAACUUUUUAGUAGGAUUAUGAUACCAGUUAUCCAAAAAAAAAAAAAAAAAAAAAAAAGGGGGUUAUCAUGAUCCCAGCAGAAGGGUGGAUUCAGGGAGGAUUUCAGGUAAACUGGCCAAAUAAUAAACAUUUGUAUCAUAGUAUAUACAUUUAUUGCAUUUUUCACUUGAUUUGUUUAACUGUUACAGUGAUAAUGUAGAUAAAAUUUACAUUAGGCUACCAAUUAAGCCUUUCAGGACAAUAAAGUACAAAAAAAAAAAAUUACGGUGUCCCCAUAAAAAAAAAAAAAACCCAAACAGCUGUCAAUAUCAAACAUUUGUAAAAAUAAAUAAAUAAAUAAAUAAAUAAAUAAAAUUUCAUUUAGUUGUCAUUUGUCACUGUAUAUUAAUUACAAUGACAAUCAUCAGAGAUGAACCAGUCAAAAGUCAUUUCUAACAAUUGUGUCACUUAUUGCUCUCCAAACAUGAACUCUGAAAGUUCUUAUUUUGAUAACCAUUGGACAUUUAGACUUUUUAGGAUUUAACAUGUGUUCAAAAUAUCCACAAUGUAUUUGUGAAUAAUGAAUAUUUGUUUGUUGGAAGGGGGUGUAUUGUUUUAUUGUGCUGUUUUCUGAUUUCUGUUUCUGUUUUCUUCAAAAAAAAAAAAAACACUUAAAGUGACCCCAUGCUGGCUAAUCUACCUGUUAUUCUUUACAUACACGUGCAUCUCCGGAGGCUUAAAACAGCCAAGGCAGAUUUACGUGGCACCGUUUUCUCACCGACGCGAAAGCGCGAGACAAGCCUUUAUUUAAACCGGUCGCUGUAUUUAUCCACUCAUGCUUGUUGACACCACAAAUAAGAACAUUAAACCAUGGUUUAGGAGUGUACAUUAUGAACCCCGGGGAAUAAUUAUUAAUCCCAUGUAAAAUGUGGGCAGUGUGAAACAUGAUAACCCUGGAUUCCGUUCACCCGGGGUUUACAAUGAGAAGGGUUAACUAUUUUAAGUGUGAAAAGCCCUAAAGUGUAGGGACAUGCAUUAUGUAUGUCUGGCCAUGCAGCCCUUCCUUUCCCACCCCAGCAUUGCUACACAAAUACCUUGUUGAUAGUUGAGGGCAAAUGUAUUUGAGUGUUUUGUCGUUUAUUAAUUUUUUUUUUUAAUAAAUAAAACCCUCCAUGGAG